AUGGCAGGCCGCAGCGGAACAAGCCUGAAAAACAACUAUUGGCCUGAAGAUCUUCUCCUUUCGAUAUUGGCUACCCUUCCUGCCAAGUCUUUGUUACGAUUCAAAUGCGUGUCCAGGCAUUGGCAAGCACUUAUCAUCAACCCUCAUUUCAUGGAACAACACCUCGAAAAGCAACAGAAAAAGGAUUACCCUCAAUUGAUAUUUGCCUCUAGAGCAUCUAAACCCGACAUGGACAUGGUUUUGGAAUCCAUGGCCAUCGUCGAUGUUGAAGUUGGUGAUGGAGAAGGAACAAAGACCAGGAAAGGUUUGAAACGAAGUUCUUCGAAUAUCUGUCAUCUUCAGUCGGCUAAUUACUUCGUGUCCAAUUCUUGUAACGGAAUUAUUUGCUUAUUUGGGAUCACUAACGUCUUUCUUUACAAUCCUGGAACUAGAGAGUUUCGGAUUGUUAAGAUGCAAAAGAAGGAAUUCUCCCCUGAUAAUUCCAGCGUUGAUACUUUCGGCAUUCGAAUUGCAAAAGAAACUAAUAAAAGAGCUUAUAAUGAUAUCUUCCUUGCAGUACGAGUAUUCCCAUUGUAUCAAUUAGUAGGGUUUGGUCGUGAUCAAGUUACUAAAGAAUGCAAAAUUAUACGAUUGUUUACACCUAAUGAAGAAAACCCUAUUCAUGAGUGCGAGGUUUUUACAUUGAGUUCGGAUGCUGGGGCUUCAUGGAAGGGCCUUGGCGAAGUUGCUUACUUCAUUAGGGCAGCACAACUACCUGUCUAUCUCAAUGGAGCACUUCACUGGAUCCUUGACGAAAGGCAUGCUAACCCUUCCGAGGUGAUCGUCUCCUUUGAUCUCCAUACUGAGAAAUUCCAAGCAAUAUCACACACAAGUUGUUUCUCAGUAGUCUCAGAUCGUAGUAGGCUUCAUCAUAUGGAGUUACUGUCUUUUAGAGGCUCUCUAUGUCUAGUAGAAGGAAAAUACGACUGGUCAUCUCGGCAGCUGAAUAUUUCGAUCAUGAAUCAAAGCAAUGGAAUUUGGGAGAAGCUGUUUUCUAUUAAUCGGGGAUUGAUGAAUUACAGAUUUCCAUUGGCGUUUCCAAUAGCAGAACUCAAGGAUGGAACCUUUUUAGUUUUACGUCACAAGAAAAACUUGGAAAUAUUUGACCCAGAAAGCCAAAGUGAUAGUGAAGUGUUGAUUCAACAUGAAAAAUCGGUUGAUUACUAUGCAUACUCCGAAAGUUUAGUCCCUCUUUAUGGAGUGCCACUGGUGAAUUGA